AUGACAACUCGUGCAGCUCGAUUUGUUCCAUCAACACACUCUACCCUCUGUGUGCGUUCAAGGGGUUGGAAUAAUGUCAAAAAUAUUUCAUCGUCAAGUUCAAUAUUUUCAUUUAAAAACACUAAUACCGUGAUGAUGAUGAUCGUGAAUGCGAAUACCAGUUAUUCCGAUAGAGAAUCACUGAAUGGAAGAAAUUUUCAUUCUCAUCAAGGACCAUUGAAAUUUCAAUUCGGAGAAAAUUUUUUGAACGAUCUACUUGCGAAAUUUCGAGAGAAACAACUUGCUACAUAUUUGAAAGAUGUCGAAGAGGAAUUUCACAAAAUUUCAAAACACCUUGUAGCCGAGGUUGAAAAAUUUAAUGAAAAUCCAGAACAGAAAAUUUCAAAUGAAUUACUGGCCUCCAUUUUCACAUUAAUUCAAAAGUGUCUUGCGAUCAUUCCCCACGAAAGCACCACUACUGCCAAUAUCGUCAUGAAUCCCUUUCGUAUCAGCCCAAAAUUCUUUUUUUCCAACACUUUAGGAAUGAAAAUUCUCGAUAUUUGUAAGCAAGCUCAGUUAUUGGCUGUGAAAGGAGUUUUACAUGAAUGGUUUCAUUUGAAUGAGUUGAAAAAAUUUGUAAGACCAACAGAUUUAAGGUGGAAAGAACAUUUUUUCAUUGUUCCUAUCCAUGAAAUGGACGACGCGUAUUAUCUCUUCUUGUGUCUUGUACAUUUACUUUCAAAUGCUGCCUAUGCAAAUCAAAAACCAUUUUUCCCUCAUAAUCGAUAUAGUCUCAUUGCAAGCGCCUACUUUUAUUACAUGACAUUGUAUGAUAGUUCUAAUAAGAGGCCAAUUUCUCAGUAUGAGCACAUUGUGCAAUUGGCUCAAGAUUACAGGAAUAUGAAGAAAUUAUAUCUUGAACAAGAUAAAAACAACAACGAAGAUGAUUUUGAUUGGUUUGUUGAUUUGGAAACAAAUUUACCAAUUCAUUUAGGAGCUUUUAUUAGAGCUCUAGAAAUUGUGGCACAAAGAAUGGACUUAGAUGAAGAGGCAUCAGAAGAUUUGAGCGAAGAGUUAUGGAAAGCACUUGUCAGAUUAGAUUCUGAAUGUUUGGAAUUGAAUCCUAAAAAUCCAUAUAUUUUGUAUUUGAAGAUUGUUUGUUAUAGAUGUUGGAUUGUACAACAAACAGAUUCAGGAUUGGCUUUAGAACAUAUAUUUAAAGCGAUAGAGUUGUGUGAGCAAGCACUUGAGGUUAUGAACAGCGCCAAAACUCAUUAUUUACCAAAAUUGGAAAAGUUGAUGCUUGAAAAAACAACUCUUGCAGCUCCAGAAGAAAAACGAAUUAAUAACCUCAAAUUUACACCGUUUCUUUUCUUAAAAUCUUCACUUUUAUGGCAUGCAACGGAGGAGUUGCCUUCCGACCAAGGUUAUUUGUACGCCACACAAGCUCUCGAUUGCAUUACACAAGUUGAAAGUUUUUCACGAGUACCUGUGUAUCAUGGCAUACAUCUUUACCAGAAAGCUUUUUGCUAUUAUGCAUGCAACCAAUUUGAACAAGUCAUUCAUUUGGCAAACGUUUUUUCUAACGAAUUUAAGGAUCUAAUUGAGGAACAAUCAUUGAUCAUUGAUGUGAUUUUAUUGGCAGCAAACAGCAUACUUGCUUUAGGACAUGCGGAACGUUGUAUGGAAAAACUUGAAGAGUAUUUGGUUGAGUAUAACCAUCAUCCCAUGUUGAGAUUUGAAAAGCUAGUGUCAAAAAUACCUUGCCAAAUCCAAGAACGACUUACGAGAGAUUGUGAACAAUCUUGA